UGGAACAUUUCUGGCAUUUUUUCGAUGAUGCGUUCAGUUUCCAUUGGCUUCUCCCGGCUGCUUAGUUCCCCAAUGAAGAAAAAAAGUUUUGAUGAACAAAAUAAGCUAACGGCUUUUCAGACGGAAGGCUUGGUAGUGGUAAGGUAUUUCCGGAUUUACUUUCUGCUAGCUUUUAUACGUUAUUAUACAUUUGGUUUAGUUUAGUUUGUUUAUGGA